AUGGCCUCUCAAACGCAACACCAUCUUGCCUCUUUCCUCUUCACGGGCCUUCUUUACACGUUCGUCGAUGCCGACUCUGUAAAACCACCCCUUCCUGCUUGCCCUUCGUUCAACUGCGGAAGCCUCACACUCAGCUACCCAUUUUGGCAAACAGGUGGUGCUCAACAGUCUGAGUACUGUGGAUACCCUACUUUCGGCGUCUCAUGCGCCGGUCAAGAACCACAGCUCCACCUCUCCGACCACCUCUACCGUGUUAAACAAAUCGAUUACUCCGCCAACUGCCUUACCGUCGCCUACUCCGAAGUAAAUGGAAGAGCUUGUCCCAAGGCACCCCAUGGUUUCACCUUGGAUACUUCUUCUUUCUUUAACUACACCACAGAUGAUAAAAUUGUGCGGUUUUUCUAUAACUGUUCGUUGUUUCCACCUUCACUUCAAGAUAUAGAGUGUCUUAGAUAUGGUGUUAAGCAUUCGUAUGUGUUCUUGGAGGGGGCGAUUCCGGAGUUUGAUUGGCAACGGUACUGUGAAUCAACAGUGAUUGUACCGGUGAUUGAGAAGACUGUGGAGGGUGCUCUGGUUGAUGGCUUUGGAAGAGCUUUGGAAGAUGGGUUCGAGCUGAUAUGGAAAUCGGAAAGUGCGUGUCAAUUGUGUGAAGCCUCAGGUGGAUAUUGUGGGUAUAGAAACGGUACUUAUCCGAAGUUCUCAUGCUUUUGCAGCGAUGGACGGCAUGUCUCUUACUGUCACAAUGACAUCGGUGAAGUCUCAAUCAAGUCUGAACAAAAUUUUGUAGCCAUCGGUGUGCUGAUUUUGGGUGCUUUAAUUAUGGCAUCAACAGUUUUUUACCUCAUCCAGAAAAAGAGAAUUGGAGUUCAGAAACAUGGUUUUAGUCAGAUACCAACUGGUGGAAAAUUAGCACAAUAAAACCCAAAUCAUAUCCCAAAUUUUUCAUCCCGACUACAUUUGAACCACACAACAUAUACAUGAGCAUUUCUGCCGUAAGGCCUGUGACAACACAACGAGGAUAACUCUUCGUCUUCUUCAUCAGCUGAACUGAGCCUAUCAAUUGAGAAAAGUUUUUUUCUUUUU